AUGGUAUUCGACGAUAGCAUCACGGCCUUACUAGAGACGUACUCCAACUGCGCAACCCUCCUCAAAGCCUACAAGCACGAUGCCAACGGAGAAGAUGGGAACGUCAAGGUGGACGCGCAGAACAAGCAUCUGCGCAAAUCCUUGAAAGCCGAUCGUGCAAUGGUGGAGCGUGCCUAUUCUAUUAGGUUAGCCGAGUUGGGCAGCCGCUUGAAGAGGGGUGAUGCCCGUUCUGUAUCUGCGGUAGAUGGGAUACUGAAGAGACUCAAAGCAGCAAUUUCCAGUUUGCUCCGUGCCUCAAGCAACAAGCAAACCCCGGCUCUAAAUUACGACGCACUCAGGUCCCUUUCGAACUCGUCAAAAAACGAGGCCAUCAAGACCAUUGACAACCUAGCCCGUCGCUUAGGAGGUUCUCGCACAAGCAGGUCGGUGGUGUCCAUGUCAUCGAAACCUACACGCGCCUCUUCGCCUUCAUCGCGAGCUCGACGGCAACAUCCUCCUCUGUCCAAGUCGGCUUCCUCUCUACCGAAAAAGAGUCACUCCGACAACCCGACUGCAAGCUCAAUCUCUGACUCUACCUCUAGUCGACAGAGGAGGAAACCAUCGCAAGCUGAGGAGGAAGCGCGAGUGAGCAAACAGAAGUCAAGUCCCAAGGACAGUAUACCAGCAGAAGUCAGCAACCCAGCCGCAAGCGCGAUUUCUUCCUCCGGUCGACAUAAGAAGAAACCACCACAAAAUCAUGAUCAGACACGAGCGAGCAAAGAAAGACUUGAUUCUAAAAUCAAGGAAAGCACUACGGCGUCCGAAGUGGGCGAUCCCACUGCGAGCUCAGUGUCAGCCGCUCAUCAACACAAGAGAAAGUCCCCACGAGCUGAGGAGGUAAUAAAAGUGAGGAAAGAGAAGACGAUUCCGAAACAGCAGUCUCAAGGCACCGUAGCCGUAGCACCACCACCGCCGCCGCCGCCGCCUCCUCCUCCUCCUCCUCCUCCACCAGCAGGAGAACACGUAGUGCAAAUUCGAUCACAUCCACGACACAGCCAGUUUGGGGCGGCGAUGCGCAAUCGGAUGUCCUUCAUGUCCUUUGCUUCUGGGAGCACAAGACUUGGAGAGAUGUCCGACCGGAAAUGGCUGGCUCAACAUACCAUACCCGAGGCCAACUCGGAUGAAUACGACGUUCCUGUCCUCUACCCGUUGAGACCGUAUAAGGCUGAAAUCAAAGAAAAGAAGUUCUUGGGCCUUUUUGGCCGAAGAAGGCAAAGGCAUCACGAUGAUGAUUGA